GGAUGUUGUUCACAAUAUGGAUACUGUGGAAAUACAACAGGCUAUUGCGGUGCAAAUUGUCAACCUGCAUUUGGGACUUGCAGCCCAAAUACUGCUCCCGGUGGAACUUGCGGUCCGAGCAAUGGAGGGGCGAUGUGCUCAGACAAUCAAUGCUGCAGUAUGUCUGGUUUUUGCGGAACCACUCAAGAUUAUUGUGCAGACCCUGGGAGUUGCAUGCUAGGAUACGGUCGUUGCGACUCUGAUGUCACUCCAGCUGGACCUUCAACCCAAAAUGUGCCUCGUCCAUUGAAGGGUCCAAUCACCUAUACCGACGAUAUUUAUAAUUGUGUUGAGAACAACGUCGUUGCAUUAUCAUAUGAUGAUGGGCCAUACAACUACACAGCACAACUCCUCGACUUGCUCAGGAGAUAUAAUUUCCACGCGACUUUCUUCAUCACUGGCAACAACAACGGCAAAGGAGGAAUCGACCUCACUGCACCGUAUCCUAACUUGAUCAAGCGUAUGAUUGCCGAGGGCCACCAAGUUGCCUCUCACACCUGGUCCCAUUAUUCCCUCUCAAACAUCACUCACGAUCUCCGAAUUUCACAGAUGGUCAAGAACGAAAUGGCAUUUAAUAACAUUAUCGGGAUGUGGCCCACCUACAUGCGACCUCCAUACUCCGACUGCACGGAAGCAUCCGGCUGCUGGGCCGACAUGCAAUCCCUUGGCUACCACAGAGUAUACUUUGACCUCGAUACGCAGGACUAUCUCAACCCUUCUCCAAAUCAAAUACAAAACUCAAAGAACAUCGUCCAGGAAGCAUUAGCAGCUCAAAACGUGGUAGAUUAUCUCUCCAUCCAACACGAUAUUGUCCAACAAUCAGUGGCCAACCUUUCUACUUAUUACUUUGAUCUUAUUCAACAGAAGGGAUGGAAAGGGGUCACAGUCGGCGAAUGUCUCGGUGACAAUGACCGCUCCAACUGGUACCGCAGCUUCAACGAAUCGACUUUUACCACCUCUUCACUCCUUCCAUCCUCAACCCGCGCAUCCUCCUCGACAUCCAUCUCGGGUUCUAUUGCGACGUCCACUCACACCACAUCCAACAUUCCUGUCUCUACCUCCAAAAUUCCCACCACAACUUACAAGUCCUCAACUCCAACCCCGGCGCCAACACCCACCUGCGAGGCUUCCAACGGCAACUGGUGCGGAAAAGUCGGCACUUUCACCAGCAAGCUCGGCUGUCUGAAGGCACAGAGCGACUGUCUUGCAGGAACCAUGAAGUGUGUGGCAGCGAGAUGGUCGAAUUUGAGUGGGUGUACGAAGUGGAAUGGGAUUUGUUUGAAGUUAGUGGGGUAUUGCGCGAAGUGCGGCUUUGGGGAGUGUGAUAAUAAGACGUUUGGUUAUUAAUGAAGGGUUUUGAGAGAAGGAUAUUGUAUAUUAUCAAUACAGUGGCAUAUAGUAUAAUUUCUAGAUGACUACUAGUUAUAAAUAGC